AAUAACACGUUGUUUGCUGUAGUCUCUGAAGUUCUGACACGACCCUGUGGAGACAUCGUCGUUAGAAAUAGAUCUUUGUUCUAUGUAUUUUUCUCAGGGUUAGAAAUGUAAAAUGAGCAGAAUAAAGUUCGUGAAUAUAUGGGUAAAUCGAUGCUUCCGUCACGACGCCGCGGUAAAAACACGGGCACCAUGUUUCCUGUUAACUGGUAGAGAAUACGGAGAACGCAGCUCCGUCUCAGAGUCGGACUCCACUGCCAGCAGAACAAGGCGACCGAGAGCUGCAGAUAUCGCGGCAAGGCUUCGGCAUGAAAAGGAGAAACAGACAGCAGAGGUUCCAGUGUCUCCUGUCCAGAGAAGAGUUUCAGAGCUGAAGCAGUUCACGCAGCAGCUACAGUCUGUUCAUCCAAAUGUUUUUGCAAAAGCGCUCUAUAGGAGUAUUUUAUACCAAGACCAACACCUGAUUGCCAUAAACAAGCCAUAUGGAGUGCCUGUUUACAAUACUGGAGGCAUCAGGAACAGUAUUGCAGAGAGCCUGCCAGUCUUGGCUAAAAUCAUUAACAAUAUGCAGGGAGGAUCUCAGUUGCACAUUUGUCACAGUCUGGGGAAAGACUCCACAGGAGUGCUGCUCCUGGCCAAGACAGAAGAGGCAUGUGAACGAGUACAGAGUCAAAUCAAAUUGCAUCAGAUGGACAGGAAAUACAUGGUGGUCACUGUAGGUGUUCCUGUUCCUUCUGAGGGAGUGAUUGAUAUCCCCAUCAUUGAGAAGGAGAUCACAGGGACCCAGCAUCAUUUCAAGAUGGGUCUGAGUCCACUCUACAGACUGACUGAGGAAGGCGAUGGAUUGACCAGAGUGAGGGCCCAUCGCCAAGCACAUAGUGCUGCUACACAGUACAGAGUACUGGACAGUAGUUCAGGCUGCAGCUUGGUAGAGCUCCAGCCAGUUACAGAAGUGAAACACCAGCUGCGGGUACACAUGGCACUGGCUCUAGCCUGCCCUAUUCUGGGAGAUCAUAAGUAUGCUUACUGGAACAAGCUGGCUCCCCAGAAGUUGCCAGAAGGCGUGCUGCGAAGGCUCGGCCUGGAGCAGAGCAAAACCCGAUACCUCCCUCUUCACCUCCAUGUCAGACAGAUUAUACUGCCAGCGGUCAAGGGUCACUGUGACCUCAUCGUGUCCUGCCCACUACCCAAAUACUUCACCACGACUCUGAAAAGACUGCAGAUUUCAUUGCCUGAGAAGCCGUAAGAGAUGAGCACCACCUGUUCUGUUUUUCAAUAUGCUCUCACUGGCCACUUUGUCUCACCUACCUGGUAUCUACAGUCUUUGUCCAUGUUAUCAGGUCCUUUUAUCAUAGGAGCACUUUGUUGUUCUACAGUUAACGAUUGUCCAUUUGUUUCUUUGCAUAAUUUGUCUCAAACCCCCACAGGACCACCACUGAGGUGUUCUUUGGGUGGUGGAACAUUCUCAGCACUGCACUGACAUGUUAGUUAAUGUGGUACAGGAGAAUCUCACUCACCAGUACUGCUGGAGUUUUUAAAGACACUUUGUCGGUUCAUCUUGUAGAUGUAAAGUUAGAGAAGACAGUUGCUGCACAGUUUGUGUUAGUCAUCGUCUAGUCCUUCAUCAAUGGUCAGUUUUUGGCCAUAGGACACUGUUGGCUGAAUAUUUUCUCAGUCCAGCAGUGACAGAGUUGUUUGAAAACUCCAGCAACACUGCUGUGUCUGUUCCACUCAUAUCAGCAAAGCAUACUUAAAAUGUAAUUACCAUGUCAGAGUCACUGCAGUGCUACAUAUAAUCCACCAUCCAAAUAGUACCAUAGUACUUGCCCAAGGGUGGUCUGGUAUAGGGAAGGGGGGGAUCCUGACCACUGAUGAAUACAAGGUAUCUAAUAAAGUGGACAGUGAAGUGUAUAUAGUAUACGACUAAAUGCCAAGGGUGGUCUAUUUUUAAGUAUGAUAUUUACACACAGUGAAGACCUUGACAAAACAUUUUUAAGUUGGUGGUAGUUCAUAAGUAGCCUAAGGUUGCUAAGUUUUGUGUACUAGCUUGCAUCUCAAGAUUAGUACACAUUACAUACCUAAUCAAAUUAGUGUUUAGUGUACAACUGAAAUGGAGCUAAAACAAUAACAGCUGUGUCCUAAUAGUAUAGGGCUGCUUCAUAUAUGGGUCUCACUGUCUUUACAGGAUUGUUAUAUUUGUGUAAAUGAUUUGUCUGUCUACAAGUAUGUAAUAAAAACAGUAAACAGGCUUUCACAAGCAA